AUGUUUGCCAGAUUAGCCAGAGCUAACUACUUAAAGAAUUCAGGUAGAUACUUCUCUACUGAGCCAACCUUAAAAGAAAGAUUAGUUCAAAUCAUCCCAGGUAAAAUUGAACAAGUUAAACAAUUAAAAACUGAACAUGGUGACAAAAUCAUUGGUACCUGUACUGUUGCACAAGCUUAUGGUGGUAUGAGAUCAGUUAAAUCAUUAGUUACUGAAACAUCAUCAUUAGAUCCAGAAGAAGGCAUUAGAUUCCGUGGUUUAACAAUCCCAGAAUGUCAAGAGAAAUUACCAAAAGCUCCAGGUGGUGCUGAACCAUUACCAGAAGGUAUUUUAUGGUUACUUUUAACUGGUGAAGUUCCAACUGAAUCACAAGUUAAAACCUUAUCAAAAGAUUUAGCUAAACGUGCUGGUUUACCAAAACACGUCACCUCAAUGAUUAAAGCAUUCCCAGAGCAAAUGCAUCCAAUGUCACAAUUGGCCGCUGCUAUUUUAGCACUCCAAGGUGAAAGCAAAUUCGUCAAAGCCUACAAUGAUGGUGUCAAAAAAGAUAAAUAUUGGGAAUCAACUUUAGAAGAUUCUUUAGAUGUCAUUGCCAAAUUACCAGAAGUUGCAGCUCUCAUCUAUCAAAACACAUAUAAAAAGAGUGAUAUCACUCACAAAAUCGAUGAAAACCUCGAUUGGUCUGCCAAUUUCAAUCGUAUGUUGGGUUACACCUCAAAAGAUUUCGAUGAACUCAUGAGACUUUACCUCACCAUUCAUACUGAUCAUGAAGGUGGUAACGUUAGUGCUCAUACAACUCAUUUAGUAGGUUCCGCCUUAUCUGACAGUUAUUUAUCAUUAAGUGCUGGUAUGUGUGGUCUUGCUGGUCCAUUACAUGGUUUAGCCAAUCAAGAAGUACUUUCAUGGACAAUGAAAUUACAAGAAAAAUUAGGAAACAAAGAAGUCUCAAAUGAAGUUUUAUCAGAAGCCAUCUGGGAAGGUUUAAACGCUGGUCGUGUUGUACCAGGAUUUGGUCAUGCCGUCUUAAGAAAGACUGAUCCACGUUACACUUGUCAACGUGAGUUUGCUCUUAAACAUUUACCACAAGAUCCAUUAUUCAAAUUAGUCAGCCAAAUCUACGAAGUUGUUCCAGAUAUUUUAACUAAACACGGUAAAACCAAGAACCCAUAUCCAAAUGUUGAUGCUCACUCUGGUUGUUUAUUACAAUACUAUGGCUUAAAAGAACAUAACUUCUACACUGUUUUAUUCGGUGUUUCAAGAGCCAUUGGUGUUUUAUCAUCAUUAGUUUGGGAUCGUAUCUUAGGUCACCCAAUCGAAAGACCAAAAUCAGUCACCACUGAAUGGAUUUCAUCUUACGUAAACUCUGACCAAUCAAAAAAAUAA